AUGGAUGUCAAUCAGGUGCUGGCUGGCACUCUUUCGCCAGAUGCCACAACUCGUCAAAAUGCUGAGCAGCAGCUGCUACAUGCUGCUGAGGUUGAUUUCGCUGGUUACCUUACUACACUUGCAGGUGAACUCGCAAAUGAAUCCGCCGCACCCGCUAUUCGAACGGCCGCCGGUAUUGCGCUCAAAAACGCUUUUUCAUAUCGAGAUUUCGCUAGAUUGAGGGAGGUACAAGGGAGAUGGAUUCAUCAAAUUAACCCCCAAGUUAAAAGCGCGGUGAAAGAAUUAGCUUUGAAGACGUUGGGAUCGCCUGACUCGCGAGCCGGCCAGUCCGCUGGUCAAUUUAUUGCUUCUAUUGCCGCGAUCGAGCUCCCCCGGAACGAAUGGCCCGAGUUGAUGAGCAACCUGGUUCAAAAUGUUAGCGGUGGUUCAGACCAUUUGAGACAAGCAUCCUUAAUCACUAUUGGGUUUGUUUGCGAGUCCGAUGAUCCAGAUCUCCGAGAAAGUUUGAACUCCCACUCAAACGCCAUUUUAACAGCCGUUGUGCAAGGCGCAAGGAAAGAAGAGCCAAAUAAUGAUGUUCGAAAUGCCGCUAUCACGGCCUUGAGCGAUGCUAUCGAGUUCGUAAGGUCGAACUUUGAAAAUGAAGGCGAACGCAACUACAUAAUGCAAGUCAUCUGUGAGGCCACACAAUCAACUGAUGUCAGAAUACAAAGUGGCGCGUUCGGCUGCUUGAAUCGUAUUAUGAGCAGUUACUACGAGAAAAUGCGUUUUUAUAUGGAAAAAGCCCUUUUCGGCCUCACCAUCCUGGGAAUGAAAAGCGAGGAAGAGGAUGUCGCUAAGCUUGCGAUUGAGUUUUGGUGCACAGUGUGUGAAGAAGAGACUGCGAUUGAAGAUGAUAAUAAGAUAGCCAAGAACGAAGGAUCGUCAAUACUCCGGCCCUUUUUCAACUUUGCUCGCAUCGCUUGCCGGGAGGUCGUUCCAGUGUUAUUAGUACUGAUGACCAAACAAGAUGAGGACGCCUCUGAUGACGAUUAUAAUAUUUCCCGCGCUGCUUACCAAGCUCUUGAAUUGUACUCCAGCUGUGUUCACAACGAUGUGAUACCGCCUGUUCUAGAAUUUGUGGAAGCCAACCUGAGAAAUGAUGACUGGCACCGUCGAGAUGCAGCCGUGUCCUCUUUUGGUGCCAUCAUGGAAGGCCCUGAAUUUGAUACGCUCGAUCCCUUGGUCAAGCAAGCCCUCCCUGUUUUGAUUCAAAUGAUGGACGACAAGGUCGUUCAUGUGAGGGACUCAGCUGCCUAUGCUCUUGGCCGGAUCACGGAAUUUUGCCCAGAAUCCAUUGAAGUGGACAGUCAUCUACAGCCUCUGAUUUCCUGCCUUUUUCACGGUUUGGCAAGCAGCCCAAAGAUCGCCGGAUCUUGUUGCUGGGCAUUGCAGAACAUAUCGGAUCGCUUCGCUGGAGAACCAGGCUCUGACACCAGCGCGUUCUCUAAGCACUUCCAGGACAGCGUUUCAUCCCUGCUUGCGGUCACUGACAGGAGUGAUGCUGACAACCUGCUUCGAACUGCUGCCUAUGAGGUUCUCACCACUUUUGUCACAAAUGCUGCUAACGAUUGCCUCCCUGUCAUUGCCAGUUUGGUUGAUGUCAUCAUGGAAAGAUUGGAGCGAACUGUUCCCAUGCAACAACAAGUGGUUAGCGUUGAAGACCGUAUCACCCUGGAAGAAGUCCAGACAAGUCUUACUAGUGUGCUUCUUUCUAUCGUGCAACGUCUGGAAACCGAAAUAAAACCACAGGCAGACCGGAUAAUGCACCUUAUGCUCAAAGUUUUGUCUACCCUACCUCCAAAGUCGAGUGUGCCUGAUGCUGUUUUUGCGACUGUUGGCGCCAUCGCUACCGCUGUGGAAGCGGAUUUCUUAAAGUAUAUGGAGGCAUUCUCACCAUUCCUCUAUAAUGCUUUGGGCAAUCAAGAGGAACCUGCCUUGUGCUCAAUGGCUAUAGGUCUUGUUAGUGAUAUCACUCGAUCAUUGAAUGACAAGGCUCAGCCUUUCUGUGAUACUUUCAUGAACUAUCUCCUGAACCUCUUAAGAAGUAAUACUCUUACCAAUCAGCUGAAGCCUGCUAUUCUCUUGACCUUUGGCGACAUUGCACAAGCUAUUGGGACUAGUUUCCAAACGUACUUGCCUGUUGUUUGUCAAGUUCUGCAACAGGCUUCUGACGUUACACUUGAAGACGACGUGUCUCAGGAUACACUUGACUAUAUAACCUCUCUUCGUGAAGGUAUCAUGGAUGCUUGGGGCGGAAUACUCCUCGCUUACAAGGGUACACCUGAGGCCAAUAACCUGACCCCAUUUGUCGAAUCGAUAUUCAAACUUAUUAGUCAGAUUUCGAAUGAAGGUACGCGUAGUGAGGGACUAAUGAGAUCCACCAUGGGUGUUAUUGGUGACCUGGCUGAUGCCUUCCCUAAUGGUGAAUUUGCAUCAAUGUUCCGCAGCGACUUCAUUUCUGGUCUUAUAAGGGAGACUCGAUCUACCCGGGAGUAUGGCGGCCGCACAAUAGAUACCGCACGAUGGGCCCGUGAACAAGUUAGACGUCAAGUCGGCCUCGCCACUGCAGCAGCAAUGUCCUAA